CUUCCGUCCGGGAGGCAGUCAUGGCCGAAAGCGCGGUGAACGGCGUGAAUGGCAGCGAGAUGUCCGGCACGUUACAGCGGCUGUUGCAGAGAGAAAUGGGUAACGUGACAGUAGUUUUGGGAGCUCAGUGGGGUGAUGAAGGCAAAGGAAAAGUGGUGGACCUGAUUGCCAACGAUGCUCAUAUCGUCUGCCGAUGUCAGGGUGGCAACAAUGCAGGCCACACAGUUGUGGUUGGCAAUGUGGAGUACGACUUCCACCUGCUCCCCUCUGGGGUCACCAACACAAGAUGUACUGCCGUUGUAGGAAAUGGAGUGGUCAUCAACAUACCGCAGCUUUUUGACGAAAUAUCUAAGAACGAAGCCAAGGGUCUGAAUAUACGAUCUCGUUUGCUCAUAUCGGAUCGUGCACACAUUGUGUUUGACUUCCAUCAAGCAGUGGAUGGCAUGCAAGAACAAGAAAAAGGAACAAAAAGUAUAGGCACCACAAAGAAGGGAAUCGGACCGACCUAUGCAUCCAAGGUUUCAAGAACGGGGCUACGAGUGGCAGACCUUGUUGGCGACUUUGCUGUCUUUGAACAAAGGUUCAUUCCGCUAGUGGAGACAUAUCAUCGGUUGUUUCCUUCGCUGAAUGUUGAUGUGGAUGCUGAAUUGAAAAAGUACAAGGAAUAUGCUGUACAACUCCGUCCUUUUGUCAUCGACACAGUAACCUAUCUACACCAAGCCAUUCGGGAAGGGAAGAAUGUCUUGGUGGAGGGGGCCAAUGCCUGCCUCCUGGACAUCGACUUUGGUACUUACCCCUUUGUGACGUCGUCAAAUUGCUCAGUCGGUGGCGUCUGCACUGGCCUUGGAAUCCCGCCACGAGUUAUUGGAGGUGUUUAUGGCGUCGUAAAGGCGUACACAACGAGGGUUGGUGACGGCCCGUUCCCAACAGAACAGAAAAAUGAGAUUGGGGAGAGGUUGCAAAAUGUUGGUAGUGAAGUUGGUGUGACAACGAAGCGCCGUAGAAGGUGUGGUUGGCUGGACGUCGUCGUGCUCCGCUACUCCUGUAUGAUCAACGGCUAUACAGCGCUGGCCCUCACAAAGUUGGACAUCUUGGACACUUUUGACGAGAUCUCGAUAGGGGUCGCAUACAGGCUCGAUGGCAAGAUUCAGAAGACACCUCCUGCUAGUGCCAGUGACUUGAGCAAAGUCCAGGUAGACUACAUAACACUUCCCGGCUGGCGAACAACGACGGAGGACUGCCGCAAGUACUUUGACCUGCCCCCUAAUGCUCGCAAGUACGUCGAGACAGUGCAGGAGCUUCUAGGUAUCCCAUUCAAAUGGAUCGGUGUUGGUAAAUCCAGGGCCUCCAUCAUCCACGUUUUCUGAUGACUGGAGAAAGCCGUCCGAGCGGCGGGGCCAUGUCUGCAGCGUCCUUUUUUCUUUUUGUCCAACUACCUGGCUUGCCACUUUCUACCCUAAAAAGCAUUCCCUUUGAAUGUAGAGACUUUAGGAAGGAUCUUUUUAACCAGAGCAGUAUUUCCCUUCUUGUUACCUUGGCAAUGUAUUUCUUUUCACUGGUUGUGGGUGUACUGCCAUAUGGUCUUUUUAUGUGCAAGGGGUGUCGAAAAUGCGUAGAGUUCACAAAGACGGGAAUAGGUCAUGCAUUGGAGCAACACACAUGCAGGUUGCUAGGAGAGCUUUAAUGCAUUUAUUAUUUUCAAAUUUGAGGCAGUCUGGAAUCUGAACCUUGAACCCUCAGUCAAAUCUUUUGUUGCAGACAUUCGAAUUUGUUCCCCGUAGUGUUUGUGCCGAUCCAUUGGUGCUCAUUUGGACAGCACGGCAUCUUCAGUCCUCAGGCUAGACCUGUUGUUCAAUGAGCAGGAAAGGAUCAUAGUGGCAACGUGGCAGCAAAUCUAACGUGCUUGAGGCAGGAUUUCACGGAAACCUUAAAAUUUCGACGCGACUCAAGCGUAUGUACGCCUUUUGGUGCUACCUUUUUGUAUAAAAAUUUGACUGCGGGAUUGGUUCACUUUGCUUGUGACCCACACGUGCGCGAAGUCAGCAUGGAACAUGAUAUGCUUUUGAUUGAAGUGUUUCUGUCAUGCUUAUUUUAGCAGCAUGCUUACUUUUAUGUACUUACGUAUAAUGUGGACAGUGAGGUGCGUACUUAGAGAAAGGCAUAGACAGAUAGACUGUACAUGGCAUGGCAUAUACUUAACUGUGUCAAACCUAUCUGUGAUGCGAACUAGAAAGAAUGACAUACCUGCAAAUUUUUAAAGAUACAUUUAUUGGAUGUGCUGUGAUAAAGGAAGUGAUAAAGUCCAUCACAAGCAGUGGCUACUUUUUCUGUCUUA